AUGUCUGACUCUGCUACCAAGGCUCGCCGGCUGGGUCCAGUAUUACCCUGUCAGCUAACCUAUGAACACACCCUAAUCAGCUCUCAUCUUUACCAAAAGCCAAACUCGGACUCACAUGAGUUUCUUGGCACGAGUGACUCGGAUCCACGAGUCAAAUACUCACAAGGUAGACGGGAACCCGAGGAAACAGUUGAGAGCAAGCGUGUGAUGCGCGCGCGCCGCGCGAUACACUAA